UUCAUUAGCGUUCAGUCGUUACUUCCAAUUACACCAAGUUCAAGUUCCGACUUCCAACGUCUCUUUUUUCUUUCCUAGAUUCAGAUUCCACUCCGAUUCUGCAACAAAGGUGAGCUUGAUCAGGGUUGAAUCUAGCUGGAUUAUUUUUGACACUGCUCAUCCCGAAAUACUGCUUUCCACACUGUUGUAUCAUCGCCUCUACGAAAUUAAAUUUCUUUCUUGGCUCUGUUACUGAAUCAGUAGCUUUGCAACUUGCUCACUAUCAGCUGAUACGUGUUUUACAUAUCUUUUGAAGAAUAAUAGAUACUUCCACAAAGAAGAUUUUCCUGCAAUGGAUGUUGUCAGUGUCAUUCUGAAACCAGUUGUCGAGACACUUAUGGAACCUGUUAAGAAGCAUCUAGGCUACCUCAUUUACAGUACAAAACAUGUGAGGGAUAUGAGUAGCAAAAUGAGGGAGUUAAAUGCAGCAAGACAUGCCGAAGAAGACCACUUGGACAGGAACACUAGAACUCGUCUUGAGAUUUCAUCUCAGGUUAGGAGUUGGUUGGAAGAAGUGGAAAAGAUCAAUGCAAAAGUACAAACCGUUCCUAGUGAUGCCGUUGCUUGUUGCAGUCUCAAGAUUAGACACACAGUUGGAAGGGAAGCCUUCAAGCUAAUUGAGAAGAUUGAAAGUGCCACAAGACAACACUCUUUGAUCACAUGGACUGAUCAGCCCAUUCCUUUGGGAAAAGUUGAUACCAUGAAGGCUUCCUCCUCCACACCAUCAAGUGAUCACGAUGACUUUCAGUCAAGAGAAAAAACUUUUAUUCAAGCACUGAAAGCACUUGAACCAAACAACACAUCCCAUAUGAUAGCGUUAUGUGGGAUGGGCGGAGUGGGGAAGACCACAAUGAUGCAAAGGCUGAAAAAGGUUGCCAAAGAAAAUAGAAUGUUCAGUUACAUUGUUGAGGCAGUUAUCGGGGAAAAAACAGACCCCAUUGCUAUUCAACAAGCUGUAGCAGAUUACCUUCGUAUAGAGUUAAAAGAAAGCACUAAACCAGCAAGAGCUGAUAAGCUUCGUGAAUGGUUCAAGGCCAACUCUGGAGAAGGUAAGAAUAAGUUCCUUGUAAUACUUGAUGAUGUCUGGCAGUCCGUUGAUCCGGAAGAUAUUGGUUUAAGUCCUUUUCCAAAUCAAGGUGUCGACUUCAAGGUCUUGUUGACUUCACGAGACGAACACAUUUGCACAUUGAUGGGGGUUAAAGCUAAUUCAGUUAUUAAUGUGGGACUUCUAACUGAAGCAGAAGCACAAAGUCUGUUCCAGCAAUUUGUAGAAACUUCUGAGCCCGAGCUCUGUAAGAUAGGAGAAGUUAUCGUAAGAAAGUGUUGCGGUCUACCUAUUGCCAUCAAAACCUUGGCGUGUACUCUAAGAAAUAAAAGAAAGGAUGCAUGGAAGGAUGCACUUUCACGUAUAGAGCACUAUGACAUUCGUAGUGUUGCCCCUAAAGUCUUUGAAACGAGCUACCACAAUCUCCAAGACGAGGAGACUAAAUCCAUUUUUUUAAUGUGUGGUUUGUUUCCUGAAGACUUUAAUAUUCCUACUGAGGAGUUGAUGAUGUAUGGAUGGGGCCUAAAGAUCUAUGAUAGAGUUUAUACGAUUAGAGAAGCAAGAAACAGAAUCAACACCUGCAUUGAGCGACUAUUGCAGACAAAUUUGUUAAUUGAAAGUGAUGAUGUUGGGUGUGUCAAGAUGCACGAUCUGGUCCGUGCUUUUGUUUUAGGUAUGUAUUCUGAAGUCGAGCAUGCUUCAAUUGUCAACCAUGGUAAUAUGCCAGGGUGGACUGAAACUGAUAUUACUGACUCUUGCAAAACAAUUUCAUUAACAUGCAAGAGCAUGUCCGAGUUUCCAGAAAACCUCAACUUUCCAAACCUAACAAUUUUGAAACUUAUGCAUGGAGAUAAGUCGCUAAGGUUUCCUCAAGACUUUUAUAAAGGAAUGGAAAAGCUUUGGGUUAUAUCAUACGAUAAAAUGAUGUAUCCAUUGCUUCCCUCGUUAACUCAAUGCUCCACCAACCUUCGAGUGCUUCACCUCCAUCGAUGCUCAUUAAUGAUGUUUGAUUGCUCUUGUAUUGGAAAUAUGUUGAAUCUUGAAGUGCUUAGCUUUGCUAAUUCUAGCUUUGAAUGGUUGCCUUCUACGCUCGGAAAUUUGAAGAAGCUAAGGUUACUUGAUCUGAGACAUUGUCAUGGUUUUCUUAUCGAACAGGGUGUCUUGAAAAAUUUGGUUAAACUUGAAGAACUCUAUAUUGGAAAUGCAUCAGCAUUUAAAGAUUAUAACUGCAAUGAGAUGACAGAACGAUCAAACAGGCUUUCUGCGUUAGAAUUUGAGUUCUUUAAGAACAAGGCUCAAGUGAAGAAUAUGUCAUUUGAGAAUCUUGAACGAUUCAAGAUCUCAGUGGGACGCUCUUUAGAUGGAUAUAUCACUAAGAGUAGACACUCAUAUGAAAACACGUUGCAGUUGGUGACCAAUAAAGGUGAAAUAUCAGACUGUAAACUUAAUGAGUUGUUUGUGAAAACAGAGGUGCUUUGUUUAAGCAUAGAUGGUAUGAAUGAUCUUGAAGAUAUUGAGGUGAAGUCGACACAUCCUCCUCAAUCCUCUUCAUUCUGCAAUUUAAGAGUCCUUGUCGUUUCUGGGUGUGCAGAGUUGACAUACCUAUUCAAACUCUGUGUUGCAAACACUUUGUCAAAGCUUGAGCAUCUAGAAGUUUACAAUUGUGGUAAUAUGGAAGAACUCAUACAUAAUGGUGCGAGGGGUGGUGGAAAAGAGACAGUUAUGUUCCCCAAUCUGAAAUUUUUAUCUUUGCGUGAACUACCGAAGCUAUUAGGUCUAUGUGAUAAUGUCAGCCUAAUUAAGCUACCACAACUCGUAGAGUUGCAACUCAAGGGCAUUCCAGGUUUCACAAGCAUUUAUCCGCAAAGCAAGUUGGAAACAUCUAGUUUGUUGAAGGAAGAGGUUGUAAUUCCUAAGUUGGAGACACUUCGAAUUGAUGACAUGGAGAAUUUAAAGGAAAUAUGGCCUUGUAAACUUAGUAAAGGCGAAAAAGUUAAGCUGAGAGGGAUUAAAGUGAGAAAUUGUGAUAAACUUAUGAAUCUAUUUCCAUACAAUCCCAUGUCUCUGUUGUGUCAUCUUGAAGAGUUUGAAGUCGAGAAUUGUGGUUCCAUUGAAACGUUAUUCAACAUAGACUUGGAUUGUGCCGACACAAUUGGAGAAGAAUACAACAACAGCAGCUUAAGAAGCAUCAGAGUGGGGAAUUCAGCGAAGCUAAGAGAGGUGUGGAGGAUAAAAGGUGGAGAUAAAUCUUGUCCCCUUGUUUGUGGCUUUCAAGUUGUUGAAAGAAUAAGCAUCUGGAGAUGUGAGAGGUUUAGAAAUGUAUUCACACCUAUCGCCACCAAUUUUGAUCUGGGGGCACUUUUGGAGAUUCUUAUAGAAGAUUGCGGAGGAGAAACAGGGAGAUUCAAUGAAUCAAAAGAGAGUAGCCAAGAGAAAAAGACUAAUAUUCUGUCAGUGGAAGAGACGUUACAAGAAGUCACUGGCAAUAUUUCUAAUGUUGUAUUCCCAUCCGGUCUCAUACCCUCUUUUCAUAACCUCCAUAAACUUUACUUGAAGAAGUAUAAUGGAGUGAAGGUCGUGUUUGAGAUAGAGAGUCCAACAAGUACAGAAUUGGUAACAACUCCCUAUAACCAACAUCCUAUACUUCCAUACCUCGACGAAUUGUAUCUAACUGAUAUGGACAACAUGAGCCAUGUGUGGAAGUGCAACCGGAAGAAUUUCCUCAAUCUUCCAAAACAAGAAUCUGAAUCUCCAUUCCACAACCUCACAAACAUACAUAUUGGGUAUUGCAAAAGCAUUAAGUACUUGUUUUCACCUCUCAUGGCGGAACUUCUUUCCAACCUAAAGAAAGUCAAUAUAGAAGGUUGUGAUGGUAUUGAAGAAGUGGUUUCAAACAAAGAUUACGAGGGUGAAGAAAUGACUACUUUCACAUCUACAUCUACCCACACAAGCACCAUCUUGUUCCCUCAGCUUGAUUCUCUCACUCUAUUUGGCCUGAACAAUCUGAAGUGUAUCGGUGGAGGUGGUGCCAAGGAUUGGAACAAUGAAAUAUCUUUCAAAAAUACCACUACAACUACCGUUUUUCCUGAUCAAUUUAAGUUGUCUGAAGCAGCAGGUGGUGUUUCUUGGAGCUUAUGCCAAUACGCUAGAGAGAUAAAAAUAGAAAAGUGUGAUGCAUUGUCAAGUAUGAUUCCAUGUUAUGCAGCAGGACAAAUGCAAAAACUUCAAGUGCUGAAGAUAUGGUUGUGCGAUGGGAUGAAGGAGAUAUUUGAAACUCAAUUAGUGACGAGCAAAAACAAGAUUGGUUGUGAUGAAGGAAAUGGUAGAAUUCCAAGACUAAAUAACAUUAUUAUGCUUCCCAAUCUAAAGAUAUUGGAAAUCACAAUAUGUGACCGUUUGGAACAUAUAUUCACAUUCUCUGCAAUUGGAAGCCUGACACAUCUCGAAGAGUUAACGAUAUAUAAUUGCGAGUCAAUGAAAGUGAUUGUGAAGAAGGAAGAAGAAGAUGCAUCCUCAUCAUCAUCAUCUAAGGAGGUUGUGGUCUUUCCUCAUCUAAAGUCCAUUGAACUAAGUUAUCUACCAAAGCUGGAGGGUUUCUUCUUGGGAAUGAAUGAGUUCCAGUUUCCUUCAUUGGAUAAGGUUACCAUCAAGAAAUGCCCCCAAAUGAGAGUGUUUGCACCUGGUGGGUCCACAGCUCCCCAAAUCAAGUUUAUACACACAAGAUUAGGCAAACAUGCUCUUGAUGAAUCUCCCCUUAACUUCUUUCAUGUUCAGCAUCAUCAGAUCGCUUUCCUGAGUUUACAUGGUGCAACCUCGUGCACUGCGCCUUCAGAAGCAAUACCUUGGUAUUUUCAUAACUUGAUCGAAUUAGAUGUGGAACGGAAUCAUGAUGUUAAAAAUAUUAUUCCAUUCAGUGAGUUACUGCAACUGCAAAAGCUGGAAAAAAUUAGUGUGAGUGAUUGUGAGAUGGUAGAUGAGUUGUUUGAAAAUGCAUUGGAAGCAGCAGGGAGAAAUCGUAGUAAUGGAUGUGGUUUUGAUGAAUCAUCACAAACUACUACUCUUGUCAAUAUUCCAAACCUAAGAGAAAUGAGGUUGGAUUCGUUAGGUAAUCUCAGGUAUAUAUGGAAAAGCACUCAGUGGACACUUUAUGAGUUUCCGAACCUAACAAGUCUCUAUAUUGGUUGUUGCAAUAGUUUAGAACAUGUAUUUACUAGUUCCAUGGUUGGUAGUCUAUUGCAACUCCAAGAGCUACAUAUAAGGGACUGCCGCCAUAUGGUGGAGGUCAUUGUUAAGGAUGCAGAUGUUGCUGUAGAAGCAGAAGAAGAAUCUGAUGGCAAGACGAAUGAGAUACUUGUGUUACCUAGUCUAAAGUUCUUAAAACUUGAUGGACUUAGAUAUCUUAAGGGGUUUACCUUGGGGAAGGAGGACUUUUCAUUCCCAUUAUUGGAUACUUUGAUCAUCUAUAGAUGCCCAGGAAUAACGACUUUCACCAAGGGAUAUUCCGCUACUCCAAAGCUAAAAGAAAUAGUAACAAGUCUUGGGUCAUUUUACGCAGGGGAAGACAUCAACUCCUUUAUAAAGAACAAACAAGAGGCAUUCAAAAAAGACCAAGACUCUUAUUAACGUGAAGUAAACAUUAAAGGUAGGUUUCUGUCGUUGAAUGGUGAUGACCAUCUAAACCAAUUGACUAUCUGUUGGUAGUAUUGAAGGAUAGAACUGUUGAUCAUAUGAAGAGGAACUAAACAAGAGCAUGGUUGCUAUGAAGAUGUUAACGUAUCAAUCAAAUAACAAGCUACUCACUGAUCUAAGUUUCUUGGUUGGAUGUUGAUUUUAAUGUUUCAGAUUCGUUGGUAUCAUUAUGUGGGUUUAUCAGUGUUAACGAGAUAAAGAGUGACUUAACCUAGAUUGUGAUGUUAGUAAAUGUUGGACUCAAGCAUGGAAAAAUAGGAAUGACUUAUGAAAAUAUAUGCAAAUUACAAGGGAAGAAUAUUGGAAAUUUAAUUGGUAGGGUUGAAAUUCUUAAUGAAAAUAUUAUUGGGUAUACUUGAAACAAAUACCAUGAAAGUAGUUAGAAGCAGAAUUUGCAGCCAUCUUCAGCUACUUAUAGUCUAUUCUUCUUACCAUCGAACUUCAGUGUUAUUCCUAUUCUUUACAACCCAAGAAAACAGAUUGGUGCAAAUUUUUGUUAGUGCUAAUCAUCAGAAAGGCCAUAAGUAACUGUGAGUAAAGUUUAUAGCUACGAAUACACCUCAAUAGCUUUGAAAAAGUAAAUUCAAAAGAUUUGAAUGAGUUUCAAUCUGUAAACAAGGAUUCAGUUGAGAAAUACAAAAGUAUCCUACAACAAUGUUAACAGACUGAUGGGACUAAAUUUGUAAUAUAAUAAAUCAAACUAUUCAAGUUGAGCGCAUCAUGC